AUGGCGCAUUCAGAAGAACAGCUGAAUGCCCCCGAUGGCUCUGCACUUACCUGGAUCUUUGACCAUAUCCUGCGGUAUCCAGGCACCUAUGAACUUCCCCUGCGCACAAUGUACACAUUGAACUGCAACCCUACGAGACAGCCGACAUCGAAUAGUAUUCCCGAGACAGCGUUUGCACGUCGUCCGGCUUCUCCCAAGUCCUCCGCCGCCGAGGAUUUCAGAGCCCAAUUGACCCAUCAAAUCUCCCGACUGCCCUCCCAGCCAUGCUCAUUACCGCCGAGCUUCAUCACUUCGUUCCUGCGACGUUGUUUCGCUCCCCAACUGGAAGAAGUCGAUUUCCCCCAAGCCUUGACUGGUUUGGACUACCUCAGAGACCUCGAAACAAGGCGAAAGAAAGAAAUCGCAGCAGCACUUCAAAGACUCGGCGUAGAGCCGAAUGAUCUCCAACCGAAUUCCGAAUUCUCCAGAAAAUUCCCCGGCGUCGUCGCUUGGUUCGAGUCGAUCAACAUCAAGGGCCGCAAGGUGGAAGCUCUCUACACAGAAAUCUACCUUGGACUCCGCCGAUGGACCUUGUUGAACGAAAUGCUCAUGGAACCGCUCAAUAAAGCGAACUGCAUCGCCUACCUCAACACCCUCUUUCCACCCGUCACCAACGCCACCGUUACCCCCACUUCACACCUUACCCCGCAGAUCCUGAGAUCACAGCGUGACAACUAUUUUCGAUACAUAUCCGCUAUCGAGACCAAUGGCAAGCAAGUCCUCGACAGUGUUAUCGCGCGGGGCGCACCCGAGGGCGAAAGCACCGGCUGGCCUCUGGUGCGCGACGCACUAGACAAGUACCUCCGCAUCGCCAACGAGAUAAUCGAUGAAUGCGCAAUGGUCAAUGGCCCAGCCAGUCUCGACGACGGCACGGGCCCCACCACUCGAGGACACAAGGGCCGGAAGGCUGACUCUGGCAUCAGCUUUGGGUCAGUGGGCGAACUUUCAACCACCCCUUCCAUCACGAGUAACAAUAGCUCCGAAGACGUUUCUGAGAAACCGCUGCCGCCUUCCCCAAGAGGGACACAGACCAGAGGUGGCUCCACGCUUGAGCGGCUGGCCCGCGAGCUUCGCAAAGUCAAACUCGGUGAUGGUGGCAAGGCGAAAGGUCUGAGAAAGAUGAAGUCCACAAAUACGCUCGGCCGCUCAGAAACGAUGGCCAGCACGGACGAGAUAUCCUUUUUUGAGCUCGAUGAGCAGAAACGCAAGCGACUCCUCUGGGCGCACUCAAAGCAGUCCAGCGGGAGCUCAUCACGUUUUGAUUAG